AUGUCAUCACCACCACCUUACCAGACCCCAACAAACCCUCUCAAACGACAGUCCAUAUCCUCGGCUUCCCAGCCCUUCGCCAAGAAGUCUCGCAUGCACCCCCUCCGCCAAACCUCCUUCCCAACCUCCGCCGACGCCGAGCGCGGACUCACCGCAACCAGCGAUGCCGGCAGUGUGACAGGCAGUUUCACGGGGAGUAUCGGCGACAUGAGCGCGGACGGGGUAUUUGCCGGCGCGGCACGCGGCAAGAAGCGCGGCCGAAAGAGCAAAGCGGAGAAAGAGCGCGAGCGCGAAGAUGCCUCGCGCAUGGGCUCUGUUGAUGUUGAGGGCUCGGUUAGAGCUGGCCCUAGCGGUGGUGCGGGAGGUCCUGAUGACGGUGAUGAGGAUGAGGAUGAUGAUGAGGGGGAGCUGUUGGGGAGGGAGGAAGGAACUACUGAUACAGAGGCAGAGAAGAAGAACCUGGCGGUUUUGGUUGAUGCGUUCAAUCCGAUGCAAUCUGAGCGGUACGAUCUGUUCAAGCGGGCGAAGCUGCGGAAAGAAUCGCUUCGUCGCAUUGUCAAUCAUGCGCUGUCGCAGUCCGUGCCGGCUAGUGUGGUUACUACCGUGAACGGGUUUACCAAAGUCUUCGCGGGCGAAAUCAUCGAGAAGGCCCGCACGGUCCAGGCCGAAUGGGCCGUUGCAUAUGAUCAGGCUUCGCGUGCUGCAUUCGAGGCCGAAGAGGCCGCCGCUACGAGUUCCAAAGUAGCAGCAACCACUCCUGCUCCCGGAUCGGGAUCAGCGCCUGUUAACAAUGGGGUCAAGAAAGAGUCUCCCGGUCAAGACCGGACAACACCAUCUGCCGCUCCGGCUCACGAUUCCGCCUCUCCUCCAUCUUCCUCUCCCGCGCCCAAGAACGCUGGCGCGGCCGACUCAAGUGCGAGUCCCGCUCCUGUGCGCCCGAAGCGCGAGUUCCGGCCCCCUCCCAACCCCCACCGCGGGCAGCUUCUACCUUCUCAUCUUCGCGAGGCGCUCCGCCGUACCAAGCGUGAUGGAGAGGACGGCGGCGUCGGGUUUUCAGGUCUGAGUUUGGAGAAUCUUGGGGUCCGGGGUGCAUUCACAUGGAACUCGGGGAGUGUUGGUGGGCGACGUCUGUUCCGGUGA